GUUGAUCAAAGGUUUUUCGCGAAAAUGAACGUGUCGCUCUCUGCCUGUAUCCGUUUCGGCACACAACAAUUCAACUGACUAACCGAUCGAUUUAAACCAUGAAAACCAAUAACAAUAAUCAUAAGUUUUAACAGAAAAUACGGAACCAUACACGACGGUAUGAAGCAUCUGGCGAGUUACCGGCACAAACAAUAACGCGGUGAAUACAAGAAGGAAAAAAAAAACAGAAUCAAGUAGGAAAAGUUAAACAAAAAAAAAAAUUGUAUUUAAAACCGAAUAUCGCCAGCGCGAAUAUAUAAAAAUAGAAAGAUAAAAAAGGUCGUUCAGGUCUUUAAUACUUAACGAAUGAGAAUCCAAAUAAAAUUGCAUUUAGUGAAUUGUGUGCGCAUAGGAAAAUAAAUUGUGAUUGUUAAAAAAAAAACUUCGUAUAAACAACUCAUAGUUGCGGUCAUCAACGUCGAAAAAACGAAGAAAAAAAAAUUUGACAUUCUAAACGUCUUCUCUGCCGCCGCUGCUGCCGCUGCUGCUGUUGUUGUUCGGUUCGUUCGAAGAAACGCAUCGAUUUAUUAUGUAAGAUUUCAAUGAUGUGUAACAUUGACGAGGAAAAAUAGCCAUCGAUCAAAGUGUGUUUGCAGAUCAAAGAAAAUGAGACGUAAUAAUACGCCAAUCGCUAAUUACAAUUUGUCGACGAAUUUUAUUCUCCCUUUCUUUGCCUCGUUGAAAGUGCGUUCUACAUAAGUUGAGUUUUCAUUAAGAGCUGAUUUGUCUGUUUUUGCAGCAACAGCCAAGCUGAUAAAAGUGAAACUCGGAAUACAAUUUUACGUUAGAGAUGCGAGUCAAACAUAAGCAUAAUAAUGAUUUACCAUCCUUAUCGACUGGCGGACAACAUACAAAACUAGGACCAAUCACAAUGACCAAAAACAAUCGUUUCAAACAUCAUAAUUACUGAAAAUUACGCCUUAAUAGAAAUAAAUUCAUAUCUAAUGUUAAAUAAUAUAGAAAAUAAUUAGUCACUUGUCGCAAAACAUCGCCUUAGAAUUUAAAAAUCAAAAUUAGAUAAAUUAAAGUUUUGUCUCAAAGCUUGAUGAGAAAUCAUUUUGAAAAAAAAAAAAAAAAAAAAUCUCGCGUCAACCGUUUAAAGCUUGCAAUAUUGUAAAAUGGAAAAUUACCGCUGGCCAAUAGAAAUACUUAUGAAGCAACGAAAUUUACGAAGAAUCAUCGAUGACCAAGCAAAUUGCAUCGUAUCUGCAUCCAAUAAUCUCGUUUGCGUUUACAAAUUUGCUUUAAAAGGACGCCGGUCUAGUCGCUAGGUGAAUUGAGUGCUUUAAAAACGAUGAACACAAAUAAAUAUGAGAUAAGAUAUCAGCUCGCAUUUUAUUGAAAUACUGUCGACACAAGCAUAUUUAGUUGUCACAUCGAUAUUACAUUAAACAAGUCUAUAGAAAAUAAAACUAAUUAGCACGUAUUUGGUUUGUGCCAGCGGCGAAUUUCCGGUGGUCCAGCAUAUCAUCGAUGUCAUCAUAUCAAAGCAAACAUGUACGUCACUGUCAUCUAGCCCGGAUUGGAAGAGAGAGAACAAAUUAUGUUCAUAAUUUACUGUGCAAGUGCCGCUACAGUGCUAAAGUGCUUUAGAAAUCUUCUGUGAAAUAGAAAAAAAUAAUAAUAACAGCAACAUAAAAUAUGAGUGAUACAAUAUGAGCCUACAAUAACGAAUAACCGAAAAUCAUAUUCUAAACGACCAAAAUAAAAGACUAAAACUUUUAGUGGAGUAACAGCAGAGCAAAAGAAAACAACAACAACAACGCGAGCAAAUUCAGCACAAUUACACAGUGCCAGCGAAAUUCGGGCAGUGAUUUUUUUUUAGUUCGUUCGUUUGUUCGUCGUUCAUUCUUUCAUCCCUAAUUAGUGGCCAUUUUCAACGUAAAACGUCGACAUCGUUUCGAGUGAAAAUCACAUCGAAAUCCACACGCGAGUGAUACGAUUCUGUGUGUUGUGUUUUCAUUUUUUUUUUCGAGCACCCAAAACUGCGAAAGACGAAAUAGUAGCAAAAAUGCCAGUUAGACGAGGUCACGUUGCGCCACGAACAACCUUAAUUGAAACCAUAAUUAGGAAAUUCGAUACAGACAAUCGAAGUUUUUUGGUGGCGAAUGCCCAAUCAGAUACGUAUCAUAUAAUAUUUUGUUCGGAUGGAUUUUGUAAAAUGACCGGUUUCACACGUGCUGAGGUAAUGCAACGAUCCAGCACAACGGAAUUUCUUCAUGGACCAAUGACAUCACAACAGGCUGUAAAUUUAAUCAAAGAAGCACUAUCAAACGGUUUUGAAAAACAUUUCGAGAUUUUGUACUAUAGAAAAGAUGGAACAACGUUUCUUUGUUCUGAAGUCAUAGCACCAAUUCGUUCCGAAGUAGACGAUAUCUCAUUGUACAUAAUCAAUUUUGAAGACUUAUCGAACCCAUUGCCCGCUGAACAGCCCCUUGCACCGAGACUAAGCAAAUUUGAUAGAGCUCGUGCUAGUUUUAAAACGAAAUUCGGUAGUAUGGGAUUAAGAGAUCGUGGCCUACGCUUGGCUGGAUAUCUCACACCUCCAUCAGAUUUAACGCAAGAAGAUGACGAUAAUGCUGAAAGCACUCGAAUGCCCACACUGGAGAAAAUCGAAUCGGGAAAAGUGUGGUCACCAUCGAAUUUGGUGCCUUCAACGGCGGCCACAAUGACAUCUGUGAUGCGAUCGGCGGAACAAGAAAAAAUUCGAGAUUCAUUGCGCCUGGACGAUUUACAACAAAUAGCGACGCCAAAGAAACCGCCGUUAGCUGUGAAGAAAAAAUCGGAAUUUUCACAAACGAAAAGCCUUGAUUUCGAUGCACAAUCAAAACGUAAAUCGGGUCAUGUGGCACGUCAAUACUUUCCAUAUGUUUCAUCUGAAAGUGAUCUACAACGAUACAAAGCAAUAUCAUUUCGGCAAAAUUCAACGAAUGUCAGCAGCGAUCAACAUGAUAGUUCGACCUUAUCAAAUGUGCCUUCUGAGUACAGAUCAGACCGACAUCGUGAUAAUGGAUCGGGGAAAUUUUUUCAAGGCUCACGACACACGCCUAACAUGGGAGAGAAAGUAGCUCAGGUUUUGUCACUUGGCGCCGACGUACUUCCAGAAUAUAAACUGCAAAGCCCACGCGUUCAUCGGUGGACCAUUUUACAUUACUCACCAUUCAAAGCAGUGUGGGACUGGAUUAUUCUGAUAUUGGUUAUGUACACGGCCAUUUUUACACCAUAUGUAGCUGCAUUUUUACUAGGCGAAGCUGAAUACAAUCAGAAAAAAACAAAUAGAUAUAUAAAUACAGACCCAAUUGUGAUAAUUGAUUUAAUUGUUGAUGUAACAUUUGUGAUAGAUAUUCUAAUAAACUUUCGCACAACGUUUGUUAAUGGUCAAGAUGAAGUUGUUUCGCACCCUGGUCGUAUAGCCGUCCACUAUCUAAGCGGAUGGUUUCUCAUAGAUUUAGUGGCAGCCGUUCCGUUUGAUUUGCUGCUGGUCAACAGUGAUACUGAUGAGCUUGGCCUGGAUAAAGAUGAGACAACGACAUUAAUCGGAUUGUUGAAAACAGCUCGUCUUUUGCGGUUAGUUCGCGUCGCCCGGAAAAUCGAUCGGUAUUCAGAAUAUGGUGCAGCUGUGUUGAUUUUGCUAAUGGCAACAUUUGCAUUAAUCGCCCAUUGGCUGGCCUGCAUAUGGUAUGCAAUCGGAAAGGCAGAACGGCCAAUGCUAAAAUCAAAAAUCGGAUGGUUAGACAUACUGGCUAACGACACUCACGAAUAUUACUAUCCAAACAAUACAGGUGGACCGUCGAUAAAAUCACGUUACAUAACAGCGCUUUAUUUCACAUUUACAUCGUUAACAUCGGUUGGAUUCGGUAAUGUGGCACCAAAUACAGACGCUGAAAAAAUAUUCACCAUUUGCGUUAUGUUGGUUGGAUCUCUCAUGUAUGCCAGCAUAUUCGGUAAUGUUUCGGCGAUUAUUCAACGGUUAUAUUCGGGCACCGCCAGAUACCAUACACAAAUGCUGCGCGUUCGAGAAUUCAUACGAUUUCAUCAAAUACCGAAUCCAUUGCGACAACGGCUUGAAGAGUACUUUCAACAUGCUUGGACUUAUACGAACGGUAUCGAUAUGAAUUCGGUGCUAAAGGGCUUUCCAGAAUGCUUGCAGGCUGACAUUUGUUUACAUUUAAAUAGAAAUUUAUUGAAUACGUGUGCUGCUUUCGAAGGCGCCAGCCCGGGAUGUUUACGAGCGUUGUCAUUAAAAUUCAAAACGACACAUGCACCCCCCGGCGAUACACUAGUUCAUAAAGGUGACGUUUUGACAUGCCUGUAUUUCAUUGCACGUGGGUCUAUCGAAAUCCUAAAGGAUGAUGUCGUUAUGGCUAUAUUGGGCAAAGACGAUAUAUUUGGUGAAAAUCCAUGCGUACAUACAACAUGGGGAAAGUCGAAUAGCAAUGUUCGUGCGUUAACCUACUGUGACCUUCAUAAGAUUCAUAGAGAAGAUUUAUUACACGUAUUAGAUCUGUAUCCAGAAUUUUAUGAAUGUUUUGUUAAUAAUUUAGAAAUUACAUACAAUAUGCGAGAUGAAGAGCAAUCUGGCGUUGAGUUGAGACAUCGAUUUAGACGAACAACAUCUCGAGAACGGGAAACUGUUCAACAAACAUCGGACAAAAACAGCGAAACUCGUUCAUAUCGACUGCACACUGGCGACACGGGCUUCGUUGGAGACACGGGCUAUCGCCCAGAAGAAUUCUACGAGCCCCGGCACAGAUACUCGUUAAGUGAUAUGAUAACACAUAUAAAGCGCAGCAUUCCUGAUUUGCGUGCGGCGGUAAAGCAUCAGCCAUUGGAAAAUAAAGAAUCACCAUGCGGCAGUCCAACAAAGCAUCAUGGAGACAAUGGAGCGGGUACAAGUGGUAUGAUUGGUAAAUGUUCGGCGUUUCGUAAUCAAAUGGCAUUCGGAUCAGAUGGCAUCGGAUGUUGUGACAAAGAAACGGAUGCCGUUACAUUGAGUGCUGUGCAAACGACAAGCUGUACAUGUGGUCCAACAAAGGGUGCACCCACUGAUAAUGUCACCACGCAAAUCGAUAAAACACGUUGCGAUUUAGAUGAAGAUGAUGCCGCACUGUCGAGUAACAGCCAUCAUCAUCACUAUCAUUAUCAUCCAUAUCAGCAUACUCAUCGGCCACAAGCUACCCAUGAAGCCGGAAGUUCCGUAACAAUGCAACUAGCCGAGCUUUCGUCACGCAUGGACAAUAUGGAAAUAAGCAUAAAAAAAGACAUAAAAAGUAUUUUAGAGAUAUUGCAACAGCCAUCGGGCAUCGGUCGUGGAAAAUUACUCGAAACAUUGCAUGGUGGUGGGCAACAUCAAACGAAAGAUCAACUGGCACAAGACAAACAAAAUCUGCUGAUGACAUCAUCGAUACAACCCUCCGAGAGUGAUUUUUCAUUUGAAUUAUGCUUGGAUACAAAGCGACUGUCACAAGCACAGCAUCCAUAUCGAAUUCCAACGGCUGGCACAUCACAGAUCCAUUCUGUCCAUCGAUCGAUAUCACAACCAGAAUGCACAAACACUGUAGCCGAAAAGAAUCUACUACGGUGUUCGAAAUUUUCAUCGUUCAACCAAACGCUUGACGAUUGUGAGCAAUGGACGGCAUUUGCACCAAUCGCGAAAUUAGAAUCACUCGAUGAACUCGAUCAGGACAGUAAACAUUCCACUACACUAGACAAAUCACCAUAAUUUCUUCGCAAUUUUUUUUUUUCAAUUAGGUCUUAGACAUUACCAUUUUAACAUAAAUUUAAAAAAAAGCAGAAAGCUUCGAAGCAUAGCUACAGAGCACAACUUGAAUAUGGAAACACAUUCGAUAUAUGGAAGUAUUUCCCAGUUUAUCAGUGGAUUGGAAUGAACGGUAGAACCAUUUAUCAGUCCGAAUGAAAUUAUGUGAUUUUCAUCCGCCUGAGUUAAUAUUGAGACCGAUACGUUUGACUCUCGUGUAGAAUGUUUAUAGUAAAUGAAACACAAAAACAACAAGAAAAUACGAUUAUAAUCUUCAUUCGAACUCCAAUCUCCAUGAUGAAACAAAAAAAAGCGGUAUGAAACUGAUUUCGGUUGGAUUUAUAUUUAAUUACAUAUAGCAAUCCAUUGACUUAUCAUGCGAGAGAAUAAAAAUAAACUGUUUUCCCCUUCCUUUUUUCAUUCAUUAAUUUUCAUUGGCUGUGUGUUAAGAGUAAUAAUUAUUAUUGAAUACGUUAGAAUGGCCAACGAAAGAAUUUCAUUUGUUGUUUUCCCUCCGCGCAAUGAAAAAGCGAUAAAACUGUAUUGAAACAUGAAUUUGUUCCCAUUAAUGUACAAAAAAGAAAGGAGUAAAGAAGAUCGGUUUUCUCCGUUAUGUUAUCCUAAGAUUCACUAUUUUGAGUAAUUUUUUUAAUUUCUUCAAAAACACAUCGAAACGAUGCUUUUAACCUUACCUGUUGACUCAUAUCAAAAAUAAUUUUGAAAUGAAAUAGCAAUUUUUUUUAAAUUGAGAAUGAGAAAAUUUAAUCCUAUUUAGAAGUUGAUAUUUGUCGUUGAUUUGUUUUUCAAGAAGAAAAAGAACAAAUAUUUUUGACACAUUGACUUUUUUCCCUUAUCCACCAGCUUAUGCUUUUGUUCCAAGCCUUUUACGAAAACAUUCUUUGAUUCAAGUUUGAAAGAAGAAAAAAUCUACACAUUUUUGUUUCUCUAGUAUGAAAUACUCAAAGAAAACACGAUGAAUUUGAUGUCAUGCAAUGGCAGAUCGUUUUGGUUACGAUUUUUAACCAUAUUUUUCAAUCAAUCAAUCGAAUGUACAUCAUUUUUAAGCAAAUCUAUAUUUAAUCAAUUUUAAUUUUUGUCAAUUAAAAGUGUUCUACACGCAAAUACUUAUUGAGAUAAAAGAAACGUUGUUUAUUUCAUUGCUGUGAAUGCAGUAAAAUCCAAUUUAACUGUGGAAAAUGAGUGUGAAGAACGUAAGCCAGCAAGCAAACAAAAAUGUAAAAGAAUAUCCGCUUAAAAUGAAUGUAAAAGAAAACCGAACAACAAAAAAUCUGUUUAAAAUGAAUUGAAUUAAUUGAUUCUGAAUUCGUCGCAAGCAGAUACGCGUUGAAUAAUGUAAAUAGUUAAGCUUAAAAAAGUCUACAGAAUCCCCAUCCUCGUUUUCAUUUCCCUGCAUUUCCCCGAGAUGCGACGAGUUUUUAUGCACAAAUUUGACUACUGCAUCAUAUAUGAAGUUUUAUGCUUGACUUGAAACAUACAGCAACAGUUCGCGACUGUUGUCCCAUGGGCAAAUUUAUGCGAAUCUUCAACAUUUUCGUUUCAUCUCUUGAUAUUUAACACACACACACACACACUCACAAAAAAAAAAACAUUUUAGAUUGAUCCGACAUGCUCAACUCAAUCGGACUUUUUAAGAUAUUUUAGAGAUAAGGAUAAUACAAUUAGCGGUUAAACUAAA